AUGUUUGCUUCUCUACGCGAGGUCGAGUCCCCUUUUACCAUUGCCAUGGAGGAGGACUCAUAUGGGUUUCAGAUCGGAGGCGAAGAUUUCGAGCCCGAUAGUGCCUUCCACGAGAUUGUCACCCUUGCAAAUAAACUAUCCGAUCUAUCGGAAGCUGAACUUACAACUCACCAAGAAGCCGCAUUUGAGAACCAUGUUCUACACUCCCUCGCAUGGAUGGUGUACGGCUCCAACAAGAUUGAGAAAGCUGGUAGCAGCUCAGAAAUUACCCUCAAACUUUGUCUCGUGAUUUUCCGUGGUGAAAAGAUCCCAGAGGAGAUCAAAGAGCAACACCAAGAUUACUCAUCUCUCAAGGAGUAUCUAAUUCAUCAAAACCUCCCUGCAAACUCCUCGGCUGUCCUCCGUUGUUGGCGAGAGGUUGUGCAACAUGCCAAAGCUGCAGCAUUUAUGAUUGACCAGUUGUGCAUCCGUGGCCAGGAUCUGACUGAGCAAACCCUCCUCGAAGCCCACCGAAUCCUAACCUACAAAAUCGACGCCGAGACUAUGCCCUGGAGGGAGUAUAGUGGGGUCUAUCGAUCACACGAGGUUAGUGCAGGCUUACAUGCAUUUCCUCAUCCAUCCCUAGUUCCGUAUAAAAUGAAGUCGAUGUUCCACGAGCUCGGAUGCGAUCUAAAAGAAGCCACAGCGACUGGGAAAAUCGACCCUAUCGCCUUAGCUUCGAAGUAUGCACAUAUCUUCGUGAACAUCCACCCAUUCAUUGACGGUAACGGUCGAAUGUGCCGUUUGAUUCUCAACUCGAUGUUAAUGAAGUUUGGGACAUUCGUUGCUUGCAUCGGGGUAGAUGAAGCUGAUAGGUCAAUCUACCUUGAAAUCGCCGCCAACGGAAGUGCCUUGGAAUAUCUGUAUGAAGAUGCCGAGGAAGAGGAAAAGCCUAAGCUGCACAAAGAAUUAGCUAGUUAUGUAUUGGCUCAUGUGGAGAAGAGUAUGAGCGGUUUGAUCAGUGUGUAA